ACUUGUUAUUAAAAUAAAAUAAAGAUAAAACGUUAAGAAAAAGACAAAAUAUUUAUCUUCUCCAGUUUAUUAGCCCAACAAAAUUCAUAAUCCCUGGUGGUGAGGAGGCAUUAUUUCCUUUCAUCCAAAGGAUGGAAGCAUCAUACACCUUCCUUUCAACCCUAGGAACAGUUCUUGCCCUUUUAUUGAUUAGAUCAACAGGGGAGUUCUCACCUCACCCGACAUUGUUUAUAUACCUCCGAUCCAAUCAACAAACAAUAAUAGCUAAGUUUAUAUAGUGCUUACUUAGUGUCAGGCACUUUGCCAAGCUCUUUACAAUGAUUGUCUUAUUUGACUCUCAAGACAAGGCUUACUACUUAUUUCCCAAUUUUACCGAUCAGGAAACGAGUAAACAAAGGCAAAGUAAUUUCCCCAGCUAUAAAGUGUCUCAGGCGGGAUUUUAACUUGGUCCUUCCUAAGUGUAAAGUAAGUCAUAGUGGGACAGGGUUCAACCUUAAGGAAAUGCAAAUAAUUUUGAAUAACCUUUACCCUUGAAGAGAGGGAAGGAGAGGUGGUAGUCGGGGUGUCUUCUAGUUGAUGCUGUGUUUACAAGAAGCACUGGAGGAAAGAGGAAGUAGGGCGUGUCGUGAUUGCGCAAGCGUUCAGGACAAAAUGGCGUCUCAGGUUUAGUUUCAUCCAAGCGAGUGGGGGGAGGGGGAAGCCAGAGAAGGCGUGUCACGUGAUCCUGGCCGCAGCUUCACCCCGCCCGUGGCCGCGUUGCCUGACGGGAAGCGGAGGGGCGAGCGAGCGAGGCGUUCGGCCAUUUUGUGUCUUUCCUGUGGGACGCGGCGGCGUUUGUGUUGGACGGUGCGGCAGCGGGCGCCUGCUUGUCUCUCGUCUUUUGCCUCUCCUUCCCUCUCCUGUCCUUCGUCCUUCGAGCGCGGCAGCCAUGGGCCGGAAGAAGAAGAAGCAGCUGAAGCCCUGGUGCUGGUAUUGUAACAGAGAUUUUGAUGAUGAGAAGAUCCUUAUACAGCAUCAAAAAGCAAAGCACUUUAAAUGUCACAUAUGCCAUAAAAAACUAUAUACGGGGCCUGGCUUAGCUAUUCAUUGUAUGCAGGUACAUAAAGAAACAAUAGAUGCUGUACCAAAUGCCAUACCUGGGAGAACAGACAUUGAAUUGGAAAUCUAUGGUAUGGAAGGAAUUCCAGAAAAAGACAUGGAUGAACGGAGAAGACUUCUGGAACAGAAAACUCAAGAGAGUCAAAAAAAGAAGCAGCAAGAUGAUUCAGAUGAAUAUGAUGAUGAUGAAUCUACAGCUUCAACUUCAUUUCAGCCCCAACCUGUUCAGCCCCAACAGGGUUAUAUCCCCCCAAUGGCACAGCCAGGAUUGCCACCUGUGCCAGGAGCACCAGGAAUGCCUCCAGGUAUACCUCCAUUAAUGCCAGGUGUUCCACCUCUGAUGCCAGGAAUGCCUCCAGUUAUGCCAGGGAUGCCACCUGGAUUGCAUCAUCAGAGAAAAUACACCCAGUCAUUUUGCGGUGAAAACAUAAUGAUGCCAAUGGGUGGAAUGAUGCCACCUGGACCAGGAAUACCACCUCUUAUGCCUGGUAUGCCACCAGGUAUGCCUCCACCUGUUCCUCGUCCUGGAAUGCCUCCUAUGACUCAAGCACAGGCUGUAACAGCACCUGGUAUUCUUAAUAGACCACCUGCACCAGCAGCAGCUGUUCCUACCCCACAGCCUCCAGUUACUAAGCCACUUUUUCCUAGUGCAGGACAGAUGGGGACACCUGUUACAAGUUCAAGUACAGCUUCAUCCAAUUCAGAAAAUCUGUCUGCAUCUUCUAAAGCUCUGUUUCCUAGCACAGCACAAGCUCAGGCAGCUGUUCAAGGACCUGUUGGUACAGAUUUCAAGCCUUUAAAUAGUACUCCUGCAACAACCACAGAACCCCCCAAGCCUACAUUCCCUGCUUAUACUCAAUCUACUGCUUCAACCACUAGUACUACGAAUAGCACUGCAGCGAAACCAGCUGCUUCAAUAACAAGUAAGCCAGCUACACUUACAACAACCAGUGCAACCAGUAAGUUGAUCCAUCCCGAUGAGGAUAUAUCACUGGAAGAGAGAAGGGCUCAGUUACCUAAAUAUCAGCGUAAUCUUCCACGACCAGGACAAGCCCCUAUGGGUAAUCCACCUGUUGGACCAAUUGGAGGUAUGAUGCCACCACAGCCAGGAAUUCCUCCACAGCAGCAAGGAAUGAGACCCCCAUUGCCUCCUCAUGGUCAGUAUGGUGGUCAUCAUCAAGGCAUGCCAGGUUACCUUCCUGGGGCUAUGCCUCCAUAUGGGCAGGGACCUCCAAUGGUACCCCCUUAUCAAGGUGGGCCUCCUCGACCUCCGAUGGGAAUGAGACCUCCUGUAAUGUCGCAAGGUGGCCGUUACUGAUGUUACUUCGCCCAAUCUAAUAGGUUUGGAGAUUAAACCUUUUCUCAUCUUGUGCUGUUUAUAUAGCCAAGCUUUCGUCAAUUAAGGCUUCAUUGUGACUUUAACAAACAUUAUCUUCCCACAUACCAGGAACUAUUGGACAUUUUGUUUUACACGGGAAAAUUUUAUUUGGAAUAAUAAAGCAGGAACUUUUCCUGAUGUUGCAAUUUAUACUGUAUGGCUUCUUUUUCAUGUUUCAUCUAGGUUUUUAGAAGUGAAGUAUAGUAAAUAUGGUUCGUUAAAUUGUGAAGGCGCUGGAAUUACAUGAACAUACCACCUUAAAGGCAAGUUCUGUAACCUUAUGUUGCUAUUUGUAAAGUUAUGCCUUCGCAGCAUUUCAUAUGCUGUUGGACUUCACGUCCCCAACAUAGCUUGGUGAGGGCUGUAACUGUUUCCAAGUACCUGUACAUUGGAAGUCUGAACGUGUAACAAUAUUUAAUGUACUUAGAAUUCCUCAUGUUGCAGGGUUAAAAAACAACAAAACUGACCCACUAAAGGUCGUGUGACUUUUCUGUACUGUUAAAACUUAAUUGUA